AUGGCUAUUCUCACGAUUUCAACGGCGGCCACAUCUGUCGCCAUACUUGUGAUUUUAAGACUCGUCUUCCAAGCCGUCCAAAGACGGUACUUCCACCCUUUACGCGUCAUUCCUGGGCCCUGGGCCAACAGCAUAUCAGAGCUGCCCGCAGCCUUCAAUUUGGUCACUGGAAAUCAGCAUGUGUACUACCGGUCCCUUCACGAACGCUAUGGGCCGGUGGUGCGAGUGUCCCCGAACGAAGUCGGUUUCGUCAGCUUGGAGGCACGCGAGGAAAUCUACGGUUUCAGGAAAGCCGGCCUCAUGGAGAAGAGCCCAAUAUUUCUUGGCGCCGUGGGAAACGUAGACGGGCAGACUGGCGUGAGCUUGGCACUCAACAAGGAACACACCCGUCAGCGUAGGGCAUUGGGGUCCAUGUUUACCAACAGUGCGCUGGCAAAUCUCGAAGACUUAGCUCAGGUCCAGGUGCAUAAGUUCAUUUCCAAACUCAAAGUCAUGGCGGAUGAGGGCCAGACCGUGGAUGUGGCAGAUUGGUACACCUACAUCGCCUUCGAUAUCAUGGGGGAGCUCUGCUUUGCCGAACCUUUCGGUUGUCUUGACCAAGCCUCCGCGACGGAAUGGUCGACCUCCGUGAUCAACGUCUUCGUAGCCGCCACAUGGACCCAAGGGAUCCGCCGUAUCUCCGGCGUCGGUACCUAUCUCGAAUCCCUCCUCACCCGCCUCCUCGUUCCCCGCCAAGCAGCCGCCUGGCGCACCAUCCACCUCACCAACGCCCGUGAAAAGACCAUCAAGCGCCUCCGAGCCGCCGACGACCCUUCCCGUGCAGACCACCGUGAUUUCAUCUACCAGAUCCUCAACAGCUCCUCUUCCACCAAAUCGCUCCCCUUAUCCGAAACCGAAAUCAUCCUCAACAUCGCCCUCUUCAUCUCCGCUGGCUCUGACACCACCGCGACUGCAUUAACCGGCUGGACCUACUUUGUAUGCACCCACCACGCCGUAUACGAGCGCCUCGUUCGCGAAGUACGCGAGGCCUGUCCCUCUGCCGCAUCCGACGUGGUCUGGUCCACCGUCAAGGACUUGCGCUUCCUCGAAGCGACUCUGCUAGAGGCCCUGCGCCUGUUCCCACCCUCACCAGCGAGCCAGCAGCGGAUGGUACCCCGCGGCGGGGCCGUGAUCGACGGGUACUCACUGCCCGAAGGCACGACGGUAGCGGUAUCACCAUGGUCGUCGACGCGGUCCAAAUUGAAUUUUCACGACCCGGACUCGUUCCGGCCGGAACGAUGGUUGGCAGUAGACGAGGGCGGGCAAGAGCAGUUUGCCUCGGACCGGUUGGGGGCGUCGCUUCCAUUUGGGACGGGGCCGAGGGUGUGUAUUGGGAAGAAUUUGGCACAUAUGGAGAUGCGGUUGAUUGCGGCACAUAUGUUGCGGAAUUUUGAUAUGGUGUUGGAAGAGAAAGGGGAUGCGGGGAGGGCGAAUGGGGUUUGGGGUCUUGAUGGAAAUAUGAAAACUAUGCCGGUGUUUCAUUCCAUGACCAAGCCGCCGUUGUGGGUGCGGUUGACGCCGGUCAAGGGGUGA